CUUUUUAACCAGCUGCUCCCCCCCACCCCCUAUAAUAAGGAGCGUCCCUCCUCCCUCUCUCCCACCUCCCAGAUCCUGCACGCCAUCCAUCAGCUUGAUACGCACACACCCAUCCGCAACAAGAAAAAGAAAGGGAAGCCAUGGCGCCCAGGACGUCCGACAAGACGGCGACGCCGCCUGCUGCCGCGGUCGCCGCGACCGGCCUGGCGCUCGGCGUCGGCGGCGGCGCCAACGGUGGAGGCGUCGGCCCGCACUACAGGGGCGUGAGGAAGCGCCCGUGGGGCCGGUACGCGGCGGAGAUCCGCGACCCGGCCAAGAAGAGCCGGGUGUGGCUCGGCACGUACGACACGGCCGAGGAGGCCGCGCGGGCCUACGACGCCGCCGCGCGCGAGUACCGCGGCAACAAGGCCAAGACCAACUUCCCCUUCGCCUCCGCGCCGCCCGCCGCAGCCCUCACCGGCGACGGCAGCCGGAGCAGCAACAGCAGCACCGUGGACUCCUUCGGCGGCGACGUGCAGGCACCCAUGCAGGCCAUGCCGCUCCCUCCCUCCGUCGAGCUCGACCUGUUCCACCGCGCGGCCAGCACCGCCGGGGCCGGCAUGCGGUUCCCUUUCAGCGGCUACCCCGUUUCGCACCCGUACUACUUCUUCGGACAGGCCGCGGCGGCCGCCGCCGCCGGCUGCCACAUGUACAACCUGGCCCCGAAGGUCACCGUGGCGUCCGUGUCCCCGAGCGACUCCGACUCCUCGUCGAUCGUGGAUCUGGCGCCGUCGCCGCCCGCAAGGAAGCCCGUCCCUUUUGAUCUUGACCUGAACUGCCCGCCGCCGGCCGAGCACUGAUCGGUGGCCCGAGUUUAUUUAGAUGAUAUGACUGCUAGUUUUCUUUCGUCUCCUUUUUCUUUUUCUCUCCCUAGAAGGAAGAAAAAACUCCAUGUACCUCCAUGAUGCUUAGUUGAGGCCCCCUUGCAUAACAACGGCAGGGGCAGAUCUGUAAAUACGGUUUCUUUUUUUCGCCGGAGAGUAGUUGGCUUGAGCAAGAGAGCCAGAGAGAUGGAUGUAUUGUCGCCCAAGACAGAUCCUGCCGGCGUUGUUAUGGACCGAAUUAUAAUGAGUUACUUCUACUUUGACAGCCCAA